UCCGGCGAGGUGGCUGCAAACUCGCGGGCACGCACGGCGGGCGCCGGGGGAGCCGGGGCUCGGGGGAGGGGACGCGUGCGGAAGGCGCCAGCUCGCUCCCGCCGCCUCUUGCAGCGCGGGCCGAGGUUGGAGGAACCCGGGGCCUCCGCUCGGCUGAGCCCGGCGACGGCGGCUUCCCUUUUCUACCCCAGCGAGCUCCAGAGCACCGCGGGGACCGGCCCUCCAAAGAGCAGGAAAUCUUGUUUACCGCCCGCGGAGAGGAGCCCAGCGAGCCUUUGUCUGGAAAGUCAGCAUCUCCGGAUGAAUUCCUGCAAUGAGUUUCUGGUGAAUUAGCAUCGGGCAGAGCGGCCGGAGAAGGGGGGUCGCGAGGUUCACGCCUGGUCUCCAAGGCGUAUCCAGCGGGUGACUUUUGUGCAUUCGUUUUAAUUUUUGGAGAUUUCUCUCCCCCCCACCCCCCCCCACCCCCCUCACUCGCCGCCACCGGGCAUGUCCUGAUCUGACGGCCGCUCCUACCGCCUGGAGCUGCGGAUCCCAGUGGUUUCCAGCGGGGCUCCCUCCCUCCCUCCCGGACUUUGCAACACCCGCGUUCCGGGAGAACCGACUUCGGCGAGGAAGGGGGCGGGGGCGCCACGAACACCCGGACCCAAACCCUGACAUGCUCUUGGGUGGAAAGGAGGAAGCCAGGAGCUGAGCGCACCGCCGGGUCUGUUUCCCCCGCCGGCUCCGAGCGCGGGGCUCCGGGCUCCCUGCCCUGCGCCUGGGCGCAGCCUUGUCGUUUGGGGCCGCCCCCCGCUUCCCGCUCCGGUGGUCCGCGGCCGGCAGGACCAUGCUGCUCAAGGAGUACCGCAUCUGCAUGCCGCUCACCGUGGACGAGUACAAAAUUGGACAGCUGUACAUGAUCAGCAAGCACAGCCAUGAGCAGAGUGACCGAGGGGAAGGGGUAGAAGUCGUCCAGAAUGAGCCCUUUGAAGAUCCUCACCAUGGCAACGGACAGUUCACAGAGAAGCGUGUGUAUCUCAACAGCAAACUGCCUAGUUGGGCCAGAGCUGUUGUUCCCAAAAUAUUUUAUGUUACAGAGAAGGCUUGGAACUAUUAUCCCUACACAAUUACAGAAUACACAUGUUCCUUCUUGCCAAAAUUCUCCAUUCAUAUAGAAACCAAGUAUGAGGACAACAAAGGAAGCAACGACAGCAUUUUUGACAGCGAAGCCAAAGACCUCGAGAGAGAAGUUUGCUUUAUUGAUAUUGCCUGCGAUGAAAUUCCAGAGCGUUACUACAAAGAAUCUGAGGAUCCUAAACACUUCAAGUCAGAGAAGACAGGACGGGGACAGUUACGGGAAGGCUGGAGAGAUAGUCAUCAGCCCAUCAUGUGUUCCUACAAGCUGGUGACUGUGAAGUUUGAGGUCUGGGGGCUCCAGACCAGAGUGGAACAAUUUGUACACAAGGUGGUCCGAGAUAUUCUGCUGAUUGGACAUAGACAGGCUUUUGCAUGGGUUGAUGAAUGGUAUGAUAUGACAAUGGACGAUGUUCGAGAAUACGAGAAAAACAUGCAUGAACAAACCAACAUAAAAGUUUGCAAUCAGCAUUCCUCCACUGUGGAUGACAUAGAGAGCCAGGCCCAAACAAGUACAUGACAAUGGAUGAAGUCCGAGAAUUUGAACGAGCCACUCAGGAAGCCACCAACCAGAAAAUUGGCGUUUUCCCACCUGUGAUUUCUAUCUCGAGCAUUCCCCUGCUGCCUUCUUCAGUCCGCAGUGCCCCCUCCAGCGCGCCGUCCACACCUCUGUCCUCAGAUGCACCCGAGUUUCUGUCCGUGCCCAAAGACCGGCCCCGGAAAAAGUCCGCCCCAGAAACUCUCACGCUUCCAGACCCCGAGAAACAAACCACCCUGAAUUUGCCUGGCGUGCCCUCAGAGAGGCCAGGCCGGCCCAAGUCAGAAUAACUUCCUGUGACUAUUUCAUGGGGUUUUAUAGGUUCAUUUUCAGGGUUGGCUUUUUUUGUUCUGUUUUAUUUUUUAAGAAUCUUCUAAUAGAGAAAAAGACUGCUUUGUCACUCAAAACAUGUUCCUUCUAUCUGAGUGUGCAUGUGGUUAAGUAAUUUCACAUAUAAUAUGAGUCCCUCAAUAUGCCACACAGCAUCACAUUAGAUGCAACAUGUAAGACAUGCAAAGGACAGAAGGCGUCUUCUGUAGCCACAGCUGGAAGCCUGGGAGGAAGCCUUGUUAUCGGGCAUUUGACGCAGUUGGUAUGGACUUCAAGGGUAAAUAAAUGGGAACUCUGCACCACUGUGGUACAAGGUGUGAUAAAAUAGUGAAGUCAUUUUUCUCCGAUCAAACCUGAAAUUCUCAAAAAUACUCAGGCGUAACAUACCUAAUGGUUAAAUUUUGAACUGCUCAUCACCAAUACUUGAAUACCAGUAGUUACUAAAAUUCCUAUUUUGGUUAGUCUGACUCAGGAUUUGGGGCCUAGUUAACACUUACAAUUUUCUGAAAAUUUUAAUUAUCAACCCACAGAGGCUCCAUGUGCAAUUAAUGAUGACUUAUUUAUACCUUUCACAGAAUUUAAUAAAGAUUCCACUUGCUUCUGUCUUUUAAUAACUUUUCCCCUAUGUGCCCUCAGAAAUCUUAAGAAUUACGUGUGUGAAUGUGACCUUAGCUUGACAGAUUUUGGAAGGGUUGAGUUAGGAGCCAAGAGGCCCAGGUGAGGCAGACAUCUUUUUUUCUCUCCAGGUACCAAUAAACCUUAACUUGUCAGCUUCUAUCAUCCAGGAAGAUUCUCAGAAUUUGCAAUUAAUUGAGUAGAAUUUAUUGACUACUUCCCCACUCAAAAAGUUCAAGGGUAGAAUAAGCUAACUGGACUUUAAUUCUGUUGAAAUAUCUGGUUUGGGAAACCCUAAAAAGGAGAAUUGUUUUUCAUCUCCCUCUGGUUUUACUUUUGAUAACAUUCAGACUUCCUGGACCCGAUGGCCCAUCACAGGACCUUAGAAAAGACUGUCAUUCUCUUGCUCCUUCCUUGAAAUCCAAAUAUUGGGAUGUCCCAGAAGUUGAGUAAGUACCGUCAAAUGGGAGGAGAGAAUGAGCAGAAUUGUUGACUCCUAUUUGUCAAGCAAAAAGGAGGAGAGAUACAUGUCCUACCGUCUAGCUUUCUUUUCUGAAAGUGUUGCUAAUGCAAGAGUAGAUUCAAGGUUGACGGGAGGCAAGCUCAUUCACCAAAGUGGCAGAAAGAGAACUCUCCUUUGAUCUUAAGAGGGAAAACCUGCCACCUUCGCACCUCACUGCCUUUAAAUGCAGAAGGAAGGGCAAGCAGCAUCUAUAGUCACUUUUGUCCUCCAUGAGAGGAAGAGAGCAAAGUAAUUGGGCAACUCCACGCCCCCUGGCCAGCCUUCCUCACCGUAACCUCCAACCUCAGGAAAGGGACCUUCCCACACAGAUUCCAAAGGAAACACACAGACCAAGGAGCACCGCCUCCUCUCUCCUGGCCUCAGCCAGUGGCCCCUGCCUGCUCUCUCUCUCUAAGUGCUCAGCACUCUGCAUUGUGUCUUUCAAGUUGGCACACGCCCAGGUGCAGGCGCUGGCCCCUGAGCCCGCCACCAAGUAAGCGUAAGUCAUACGUCAGACUGUCAAGAUCAUAUCUUUAUCUACAGGUUGAUAUUUAGCUUGAAAAAAAAUAUUUUAAAUUCAGAACUCAAAAUGGGAACCAGUUACAAAUAGCUUAGGUCAACAUGCAUCUCUUCCCUAAGAGCGACAUAGCGUUGUAGUAAGACAUCUCUGCAUGGUAUGGUAGCAUGAUUUCUUGCUUGUGGGAAAACUUAAUCUUUUACCAAAUCCCUUGGACUUCUCGACGGCUCCCUCUCCACACGUAGUACUUAAGGAUUAUGUUUGGCUUCAGAAAGCAAAAAUCUAUUUUCACAAGGCAGUGACCAUGUGUGUGUGCUUACCAUUUAUUUACGAGCUGAAAUCAGCUUUGUAACAAGAGGGGAUGGGGUCAUUUUCUAAUGGAACUGAUCUAUUUUGCGCAGGUUGUUAACACAUCUGACGCCUAGUUUUCCCAUUCAUACCAUUGCUGUCUGUAAAGUAGCUUCCGCUAGCAAGGUCAACAAUCCUAUCCGCUUUAGAAAGCUAAUUUCUCAUUUCCUUCUGUGAGUUUUCUUUCUCAUAGCCAGUACAAUACCAUGGACAUCAACUACAAUCUGCUAAAGAUAGUGUGAGUUUUAGCCAUCAAAAGUGUGCACACUUAAAAUACAUUCAGCUUCCUGCCUACAUGUGCUUUGUGUGCAUUUAAGAAAAGGGGAGGGGGGAUGAGUAUAUUCCUUCAGCUGCUUUGAAUAUCUAAUCCCAUCAUCAUGAGCAUACGUGACUUCACCAUUUUAUCUGCCUUGAUUUCCGGGUGUCAUUUUACAUUCUCCAUACAUGCCUUUGUUUGUUGUGGGAUACAAGCCUGCAGUGAAUGUGUACAUAGAACCUUAAUGAUUCCUAUAAGGAUGGAAAUGCAAUGGCUGCAUGAUGGAAACUUAGAAGAAGGAAAAAAGCAGAAACUUGAAUUCUUUCAGCAUGUUUGGGGGGUAAGGGAAUAGAAUCUUUAACUCAGUGCCUCUGUCUGCAGUGUGGAAACCUUCAACCUUGUUCACCAAAAUUGUAUUAUACCUGUAUGUACAUAUAUAGAAAUAUAGUCUAGUGAAGCAAACACCACCAGUUUGAAGUCUCUGAUAGCCAGAUUAAUCCACAGAAUAGCACAUGCGCAGCACACCGUCUUCAUCUCCGAUGUUGGUGGAAACCAUGACAAUGGCUGUACAUUUCAUUACUUCUGGUGCAUUUCAAAUGCCAGAUGCCCCUGUGCUUUCCACGCAUGGGCUGUGUGUGGUAUAGCACUUGUAGCUUUGACUGCUUUCCCAGGAUCAGAGGGUCUUGGUGUUUUUCCCGUGUGAACUUUGUCAGAAGUUAGCUCUGAAGACCAUUUCAUGUAUCUACUUUUGGGCUAUAACAAAACAAAGCAAGAAGGCCAUGAAAUUUUUCACUUACCAUCAUUAUAACGGGCACAAUAUGCAUUCACUAGUGAACUAAUUUAUAAAUCCUUCUGUUACGGUUUUGCAUCUGUGUGGGAGGAAUGCUUUUAAUGUAUUUGGAGGUUUGCAUUAGCCAUGUUUUGGGUUGUGAGGAUAAAUCUCUAAGCGCAGUCGUGGUUGUACAAUGCAGGCACAAAAACCCAAGACCCCACAAGUAAUUACAGCGUUUUCUUUCAAGGCACUGUAAUACUGGCCUAGAGAAUAGAUCCUAACACUUCUGCAGAAAUCAUUUUCCUGUGAAAAUUUCAAGGCUAAUGGAUUUAUGUACAUUUUUAAAUUCUACUUUCCUUGGUAGCUUCAGGGCUCAGAGACAGCCAGGUCACUGUCUGGUUUCGGUCAGUAGGAAUUUUACUUUUCAGAAGGGCCAGAGUAUAAUCCAGAUAUAAUGUGUAAUCAGAUAAUCCAAUAGACAGGAAUUGUCUAAAUAGUUUCAGUCCCUUUCUGAUCAUCUGGCUCAGUAGGCCAGGUGGCAAUCUGCCAUCUGAGCCCUAAUUCUUGAAAUUUAAAAUAAAUAUAAAACGUUGUGUGGCUGUAACUGGUCAAACAACUCGUUCUUGCUGAAACUGAAAUGUCACGCAAUCGCACAGCCUUGGCACGCGGAGGCAACACCGGGUUCUUGUGUGCUCUGCCUUCCAAAUGAUCUGUUUGCAUUUGAAAUGUAAAUGUUUAAGCUUUUUAGGAGUUAGUGCAAUAAGAGGGUGUGAAUCUGGGGAGAACUUUUCAGAUGUGUUCCAUGGUAAUUUUGUUGUUAAGUUAAAUGCCUUAGGACCUUGUGGCCUACAAGGGAAAGCAUGUCUAUGGAAUUGCAAGUCCCCCUUCAGUUCCUAUGUAUCCCCAAGAAGAGGUUCUUUGAGUUGAUGUGAUGCCUACGCCACUUCUGUGUCGCUUCAAGCGUCAUUUUUUUAGUGUUUACAUUUCAAGCUGGGAUCUUGAUUUGUGAAAUGGGUCGACAUGCCACUGCCACUGCUGAAGGACCAAAGUUUGGAGUGCACAGUGUUACAGUCUACAGGCAAAGCAAGCAAAAGGUGACCCUCACAUAUGCCAUCCUUCUGUGUCAUUUUAUGGCUGUUUUGUGUUUUCCCCCCAGUUAUUUAUUAUUGUUAAUAACUUACUUUUUCUUACCUUCUAUUGUAAAUAAAGUACAAAGCAAUCUUC